UGAGCCUUUCCGCUCUCCGUACAGGAAUGUGGCGACCGCAUUACGUCACUCGUCCUGCCAGCGAGCAAGAGAAGCAGCUCGGUCCACCAGGAAUUUGGUCUUUGUGUUUGUGUUUGUGCGCAGCUUUAAAAAGAGGGGGCUGGUGGGGGGGAUUAGUGUUUUUCCUGCUGAUGUAUUGAGAGCUGAGUGGAGGUCUGGGAUGUGAACGAGAGGCGGCUCAUGACAGCCCCGCCGCUGCACAAUGAGAAGCUUGUAGAAGGAGCUCAAAUCUCGACGACGCUCUCGGUGGAGUCGAUGGAGGAACCAGAAAGUAAUUGUUACUGUGCGGGCUGUGGAGGAAAAAUUCAGGACUCGUUGCAGAUGAAGGUCCUCCAGGAUACCUGGCACAACGCCUGCUUUCAAUGCUCCGUCUGCUCUGACAACCUCACUAACUGGUACUAUGAGAAGGAUGGCAAGCUGUACUGUCAGAAACACUACUGGGAGAAGUUUGGGGAGCUCUGUCACGGCUGUUCGCUGCUAAUGACAGGACCUGCCAUGGUGGCUGGAGAACUCAAGUACCACCCCGAGUGUUUUGUGUGUCUGAGCUGCAAAGUAGUCAUCGAGGACCGGGACACAUACGCCUUAGUCGAGAGGUCCAAACUCUAUUGUGGAAAGUGCUACAAGCAGGUAGUCCUCACCCCUGUGCUGGAGAAACGCUCACACGACUCGAUAUUGGACUCCCUGCCGCACACGGUGACGCUCAUCUCAAUGCCCUCGGCAGCUAACGGGAAGAGGGGUUUCUCUGUGUCUGUGCUGAGGGAUGUGAACGGCUCGGCUAGCGUUCAAGUCAAAGAGGUCAGAGGGAUGCUUAUCAGUCCAGAGGUGCGAAGUGCUAUCCACGUUGGAGACAGAAUCCUGGAGAUCAAUGGACUUCCUGUUGGGACGCUGAUGGAGAAGGAGGUGUACGAUCUGAUCCACCACACCAGUCACACGCUGCAGCUACUGAUAGAGUACGACCCAGUGAGGCAGCGUCUAGAUCGGCUCCGUCUGGGCUCACCGAGGAGCCAGCUGGGCGUCCCGGCCACAUCCCGCAUGCGUCUGUCCUCUCCGUCCAACACAGUCCUCGAGAGGACGGACGAAGUUGAUGAUGGCAUGCUGAAAAGGAGAUCUUUGAAGCGCAGUAACAGCAUAUGCAAGUCCCCAAACUCCCUAAAACAGGCGCCGAUAAUCACAAGAGACAUCGGCCGCUCUGAAUCCCUGAGGUCCUCCAGCAGCUGCUCUCAUCGCAUUUUCCGACCCUGUGACCUUAUUCAUGGAGAAGUCCUAGGGAAGGGCUUUUUUGGACAGGCCAUCAAGGUGACGCACAAAGCCACUGGGGAGGUGAUGGUGAUGAAGGAGCUGAUCCGUUGCGAUGAGGAGACGCAGAAAACUUUUCUAAAGGAGGUCAAGGUAAUGAGAAGCCUCGACCAUCCACAUGUACUGAGGUUCAUUGGUGUGCUUUACAAAGACAAGAGGCUGAAUCUGAUCACAGAAUUCAUUGAAGGAGGAACGCUGAAGGACUUCAUCAGAGACAUGGACAUGUUUCCAUGGCAACAAAGAGUCAGUUUUGCAAAGAGCAUCGCCUCUGGCAUGGCUUACCUUCAUUCAAUGAGCAUCAUCCACAGAGACCUCAACUCUCACAACUGCCUGGUUAAACUGGACAACACUGUAGUGGUUGCUGAUUUCGGCCUGUCCCGACUCAUCGUAGAGGAGAAAGUUAAACCUCCUCCAGAAAAACCUUCAACCAAGAAGAGGGUGUUGAGGCGCAUUGACCGGAAGAAGCGGUACACUGUCGUUGGAAACCCUUACUGGAUGGCUCCAGAAAUGCUAAAUGGUAAACGCUAUGAUGAAAAGGUGGAUAUUUUCUCAUUUGGAAUUGUUCUUUGUGAGAUUAUUGGAAAAGUGUACGCAGACCCUGAGUGCCUCCCCAGGACGCUGGACUUUGGCCUGAAUGUUGGCAAGUUUGUGGAGAAGUUUCUCCCUGAGGACUGUCCUCCAGCUUUCUUUCCCCUGGCUGUGGCCUGCUGUGACCUCACACCAGACAACCGUCCAUCUUUUCAGAAGCUGGAAGACUGGUUUGAUGCCCUCUCGCUUUAUCUGGAACUGAGAAUCCCUCUGCCAGCUGAACUGGAUGAACUGCAUCAGAAUCUGAGUCAACUCUACUGGCCUAAGGAUCCGGUCCAGAGCUCAGAGGAGCCAGCCACCCCAACAGCAGCCUCUCCAGACUGCACCAGCAUGACGGACAAUGGCACCUAGGAUUUGUGCCUUUUUGACAUGUAGCUCACUCAUUCACUCUUUGUGACUCCUCUUUACUACUGCACUAAUUCUGUGGUGGGGGGUAGAAAGAAACGGUGUUGAAACCGAGCCAAUUUAGAACUGGAUAACCUGAGACAGCUGGACCAGUUGUCCUGUUUUUUGGAGCAUAACACUUGAGUGCCAGUGAACUGCAGUGAAAAUGAAGAGACGCAUUUCAAAUUCCUAACUUUUGGUUGCUUAUUUUUGUUUCUGUGUGUCUCCAUUUAAAAACACAGAGCAGUUCUUAAUUUUAAAGUUCACCUAAUUGUAGCAACAUAGAGGGGAUCUGUCCCCCCUAUGCCUAGAAACAGAGACAUUUUUAGGCAUUUUUGUCUUUUUUGUGACAAUAGUUUUGUUUUUCUGGCUCUGAUGGUGCUCAGUGUGUUGAGAACAUAAAUCCAUUCCACGCCUUAAAGAGGAGUUGCCCAACCCCAGCAAAACAAAACAAAAGUUCUUUUGACAGUCAAAUCACAGUGCAGGUGAGGAUUGUUGGCACAAGUGUGUUCAAAUGUACUCUAGCAAAUGUGUACAAGUAGAGAGAAAAAGAAAAGUAGCUCAGGCAGUGUGGAACAAUUUUCGGGAAGACUUCUUGAUACAUAAUUUCAACUGGAAAUUAACGAGUCAGAUUUUAGAUUUUUUAUUUUUUUUUUCAGUCUACCCGAGAGUAAAUUUUUAUUGAAUAGACAUAAAACAAUCCUUCCAUCUAAACAUCAAAUUGUGUUUCAAAAUGGUGAGAGGUGAAACAAUCCCCACAGAAAGACACUUAAUGAUGUCUGAAAUUGGUUGAAAGGUGGUUGGAGUUGAGGUAACUUUGAGUUUCUUCACUUAGGCUAAAUGUAGAGGGAAAUUUGGGAUUUAAAAAAAAUCACAUCUCAACAGACUUUUCUGGGUUAAAUAAAGACAGAUUACUGCACUCAAAUAGCCAUAAAAAGGUGUGCAUUGAUGCCCAGUGUUUAAAAAGAUGAUUAAAAGGAAAUAAGAACAGUAUUGAAAAAUACGUCUCUAGCCGUCCAGCAGUCAUUUAUUUAUUUCUAUAAUUGCUCAUUUUGAGCACUCAUUGUUUAGGUCACACUGUAUGAGCACUUUUCUCCACUGAAUUUUAGAUCAAGGUCAGUUUCUAGUUUAGCAUUUACACAUGAUGAGAACAUUAAAAAAAAAUAUUGACUCCUCACUGUAAAAUUAAAAGCAGAAACCACUAAAAUCAUGGCUCUUUUAAACAAACCAGUGACCUUUACUUCAGUCAGUUUUUACCAUAUGUGAACUUAUUUAAUGCUUAGAAAUCAUUCAUCAAAAUGGUGCCUGCUAGUGUUUUAGUGUUUUCUUUCUAUUACACGUAAACUUUUUUUUGUUAGAUUUUAUUUAUUUAGGUUUUAUAUUCUUUUCUUUUGACAUUUGACCAAGAUUUUGUAAUUUCACGGAACUGCUUGUUUUUUCUUUGAAGCGUCUUUCCCUAAGAUGUGUGGAUGCCUGCAACACUGACCUGCACUGUGUGUGAACUCUGAAGAUAAUACAAAACUAUAGUGCUGCAGAAAAGUCUGUACAUGUUGAGAUUUUCAUGUUUCUUCCAAACUUCACUGAUCUUGGUUUGUUUCUUUGUAGUUUAAUGAUUUCCACUAAUUUUUCAGAAUAAUGAAGACUUAAUUUUUGUUCUCUUUAACAAAUCAGGACAAAGGCUUCUGUUGGAUGUUAUGAAACAAACUUUGUAAAGUGGGGUUUUUUUUCUUCUGAAAGAAGAAAUAAUGUGUCAUGUAAAUGUGUAUAUGUGACCUCUAAUUGGAUUGUGUAGAUUUUUCCGUUUUUUUUUUUUUAUAUUAGACAUUUCGACAGCAUUUUGCUAUCACCAAGCAAGGUACUGAAGACCAGUUGUAACCACUUUUAUUUAUAUCUCUGUAGUGUUUUGUAAAUAAAACUUCGGAAUGUUGCUUUUUCAAA